UUACUCCCACUCUCACUCUCUCUCUCUCCUGUUAAACGCCAUAGCCACUCACCUUCAUUUUCUCUCACUUCAAUCACUGAUCAACAUCUCAUUCACGAUUCAGUGAUGAAAUUAUGCUAAUCCUCUUAAUUACCAGCUUGUUACCCUCUUAAUCUUUCUGGGUAUUCCAUCAUUCACCCAAAAAAGGUAAAAAGUUACGAUCUUUUCCUGAUUUGAUGCACGGUUACAGCCGUCUUGGGCCGAAUUUCAACCCAUCAUCGCCGUCUUCUUCUCCCCCGUCGUCCCCCCGAUUCCGGCCGUCCCGAAUGAAGCCCAAUGGGCUGAUCUCCAGCCCGGGAAUCGGAAGGGGAGGAGGAGGGGGGUCGAUGAAGCUGGGGAAUUUCGUCGAACGGUUGGUAUGCAUUGUUAUUGCGGCGGUUUUUAGGAGAAAAGGGGUGUUGUUGUUUGCACCAUUGCUGUAUAUUACUGGGAUGUUGUUGUACAUGGGGUCUUUGAGUUUGGAGAAUAAAGUUGGGGGAGGAGAGAGAAUUAUUGGGUUUAAGAAAGGAAAGGGGAAUAUUGAGUUAAGUGGUGGGUUUGUUCUUGAUGAACCUCGAUUACCGGGAUCUUUGUACAGAAGUCCUGAGGUUUUUGAGAGGCUUUGGCCUUUUCUACAAGCUGAUCAGGGAAAUCACUCCUCUAAUGCUUUGACAACAGUGUGGCCUUCAAGAUAUCAGCGUGGCUGGAAACCCUGCACAAAUAACAGUGUUGUUGAAACAGAAUUACCAAAGUCUAAUGGCUACUUCAUAAUUGAAGCAAAUGGUGGGCUUAAUCAGCAACGCCUCUCGAUAUGCGAUGCUGUAGCAGUGGCUGGGCUGUUGAAUGCAACUCUUGUUAUUCCAAUAUUUCAUUUGAAUAGCGUUUGGCGAGAUUCCAGCAAAUUUGGUGAAAUAUUCGAUGAAGAUUUCUUCAUAUAUGCUCUUAGAAAUAAGGUGAAUGUAAUAAGGCAGCUCCCAGAAGAUAUCCUCCAGCGGUAUAACCAUAAUAUUAGCAGCAUUGUGAACUUGAGGUUAAAAGCUUGGUCAAGUCCGACAUAUUACCUACAAAAAGUGCUACCAAAACUAUUGUCAUUGGGGGCUGUACGUGUAGCACCAUUUUCAAAUAGAUUGGCCAACACAGUACCUGCAGAAGUUCAAGGGCUACGAUGCUUGGCAAAUUUUGAAGCCCUGCGGUUUUCUCACCCUAUAAGGUCACUAGCAGAGGUCAUGGUUCAAAGAAUGAUUCAGAGAGGCUCAAGGAGUGGGGGGAAGUAUGUUUCGGUGCACCUACGCUUUGAAAAGGAUAUGGUUGCAUUUUCCUGCUGUAUGUAUGACGGAGGAGAGGAGGAAAAGCAUGAAAUGGAUAUUGCUAGAGAAAAAGGUUGGAGAGGAAAAUUUCGUAGAAGGGGUCGAGUCAUAAGGCCUGGUGCAAUCAGAAGGGAUGGUAAAUGCCCACUAACUCCAUUAGAGGUAGGUAUGAUGCUUAGAGGUAUGGGAUUUGACAAUACGACAGUAGUGUAUGUUGCUGCUGGGACAAUUUAUAAAGCGGAUAAAUUCAUGGCACCCCUUAGAAAGCUUUUCCCACUUUUGGAGACCAAGGAUACUUUAGCAACCGCAGAAGAACUUGCUCCAUUUCAGGGCCACUUGUCCAGGUUGGCUGCAGUUGAUUAUACGGUUUGCCUUCACAGCGAGGUAUUCAUCACUACUCAAGGAGGGAAUUUCCCCCACUUUUUGAUGGGUCAUCGCCGUUAUAUCUAUGGAGGCCAUUCCAAGACAUUAGUACCUGACAAAAGGAAAUUAGUUCUAUUGUUUGACAACCCUGAUGUUAGAUGGGAAACAUUUCAGUACCAGAUGCAGGAUAUGCUAUAUCGUAGUGAUUCAAAGGGGCGCGAGAUGAAAAAACCUACAGCAUCACUCUACACAUUCCCUAUGCCAGAUUGUAUGUGUCAGGAGGCUGAUACAAAUACAAUGCACGGAAAUGGUACGCUUAUAUUAUCUUGAAAUUUUUGACUCACACAAAUUCUUACGAUUCUUCAACUUAGUAUUCAUAUUGGUCGCCAUACUUUUUGUAUAUGGUUCAAUAUAGUAUAGUUACUCCGUAAUUCUUUAGCCGUGUAAUAUUUCAUUCAAUUUACUAUACUAAACUAAUUGCUUAAGUUCAGAUGAGAGGUUAGCUACUGAUUCUUUGAAAUGUGCUACUCGGAAUCGGAGAAGCGAGAAUAGAAUUCAAAUUUAUUACUUGUAUAAUUCUAGUUGCUACAAUGUAAAUUAAUUAAUCAAUUAAUACAAAGGAUAAAUCAUAUUUUGUUUUUUUU